AUGGACGGCUGCGGCGCUGGCUCGGGCGAGGGGCCGAACGAGAAGCACUGGUCGAGGCGGAAGGCAGAUCUGAUGGAAACCUACCGCAACGCCCUCGGCACACCUCAGAAGGUUGAAGAGAUGAACAACAACGGAUCAGUGGUGGAGGACCCGAAGAUAAUGCUGGAUGAAAGACACAUGGUUCAAACCACCCGUGUUGUCCGCGCCGUGAAGCAUUUCCUGCAGCUCGAAGUCCAAGAUGGGGUCGCGAAGAUGGAGCACAGCAGAGAAGUCGCCAAGGUGUACGAGGUCGACCCGUCGACGGUGCGGCGGUGGGUGAAGAAGUUGUGCAAGGGCGGCUCCGUCGUUAUCCGCAAACGGCAGUACAACAAGCGCGAGGCGCACCCCUACAUCGACGACGAGGACAUCCGCAACGGUCUGAGGGAGUACAUCGACCGGAGGUUGUACCGGCGGAAGAGAGACGAGCCACGCCUUCGAAUCGCAGACGUGCAAAAGUGGAUCAAUGACGACCUCCUGAAAGAAGAGCUUGCCGGUACGAGAGGAUUUUCUCGGAGGACCGUGCACAAGUGGAUGCAGAAGCUCGACUUUCGUUGGUCGAGGCACCGCAAGUGGGUCGACGUGGACGGCCACAACAGACCGGACGUCGUCACUCCCCGUCCGCGUGGAAGAAACGGUGAUGGUAACAACCAGCCGCAGUGA